UCUCUCGAAGUCUCACAGACAGAAGAUUCUCACUGUUUCCCUUGUGAUUUUCUUCUCUUCUUCCCCUUUAAAACCCUCAAAAUUUCCCUCUUUUCUAUGCACCAUGACAAAAUUUCUUCCCUUCUUCUUUCCUCUUCUGCUUUUCGUCUUCCUCUUUCACCCUCUUCUUCUUGCUGCUUCAUACGAUGGGCCUUUGUACGAUUACACCGCUCACACUGAGUGUCAAUUACGUCCAGAGAGACCACUCUACAAUGGAGGAAUCCUCAGAAAUCAGCCCGCCAGUGUUCAAACCAUUGGCGGCUCCUCUUCCAGUGCUGUUUAUUCACCAGCAUUUCUCCUGAGCAAUCUCACUGACAACACUUAUUAUUCCUUUUCAAGUUGGGUGAAGCUAGGUGGAGCAGUUUCUUCAACUGUUGUAAGAGCAAGCCUUAGGAUUGAGAAUGAAACCUACAACUGCAUAGGCACUGUUUUGGCCAGGCGUGGCUGUUGGUCUUUUCUCAAAGGAGGGUUCCUUCUAAAUUCGCCUUCCAAUUUCUCUAUUCUAUUCUUUCAGAUUUUUGAUGAUGGAGAUGACAAUAUAGCGAUAGAAAAUGCUUCUUUACAGCCGUUUACAGAAGAAGGGUGGAGGGGAAAUCAGCAAUACAUGGUCAAUACUGUGAGGAAACGAGCAGUGACAAUUCACGUUUCAGAUAAACAAGGGGGGAGGUUGGAAGGGGCAGUAAUUAAUGUAAAGCAAAUCUCUAAAGACUUCCCAUUUGGAUCUGCAAUUGCAAAAACCAUCAUAGGAAACUUACCUUAUCAGAAUUGGUUUGUGAAGCGAUUCAAUGCAGCAGUUUUUGAAAAUGAACUGAAGUGGUAUGCCACAGAGCCUGAACCAGGGGCUUUCAACUACACCACAGCUGAUAAGAUGUUGGAGUUUGUCCGUGCCAACCAGAUAACUGCCAGAGGCCACAACAUCUUCUGGGAGGACCCCAAGUACACGCCGCAGUGGGUUCGGAACCUCACCGCAGCGGGGCUGCAGUCGGCUGUUGAUUCGCGGAUAAAGGGGCUUUUGGGGAGGUACAGAGAUGAGUUCAUACACUGGGAUGUGAGCAAUGAGAUGCUGCAUUUUGAUUUCUAUGAGAAGAGCCUUGGCCCCAAUGCAACCUUGCAUUUCUACAAGACAGCACAUGAGAUUGACCCAUUGGCUACUUUGUUUAUGAAUGAGUUCAAUGUGGUGGAGACUUGUGGUGAUGUGAAUUCCACUGUUGACAAUUACAUUGACAGGCUUAAAUAUCUCAAAAGAAAUGGGGUUUCAAUGGAUGGGAUUGGAUUGGAGGGUCACUUCACCAUCCCCAACCCACCUUUAAUGAGAGCCAUUUUGGACAAAUUGGCCACUCUUAAGCUUCCAGUUUGGCUCACAGAGGUUGAUAUCAGCAAAACUCUGGACCAAGAAACACAGGCUGCUUAUUUGGAGGCUGUGCUGAGUGAAGGAUUCUCGCACCCCGCCGUGGGCGGGAUUGUGCUGUGGGCGGCGCUGCAUCCGAAAGGGUGCUACCAGAUGUGCUUAACAGACAGCGACUUUCGAAACCUUCCGGCGGGCGACGUGGUUGACAAGCUCCUGAAAGAAUGGCAAACUGGGGAGAUUGAAGCUCGGACAGAUGACCAUGGUUCAUUCAGUUUUUAUGGAUUUUUGGGUGAAUACGAAGUGAGUGUUAAGUAUGAAAACAGAACUGCUACUUCAACUUUCCCUGUCUCAGUUGGAGAUGAAACUAAACACUUCAGCAUUCAGUUGUAGAAGAAAUGUUGCAAUUGGAAGUUAAAAGUGAAAUAUAAAUCUGGAUUACUAUUUUUUCGAA